GGGGACAGCGCGCGUGCGCCUUGCGCCCGCCGCCGGGUAACGGUGGCGGGUCGGUGGGGGUGGCGUAGGUGGGUUGUGUGUGGCGCCUCCGUGUGUGCCUGUGGGGCGGGGGGCUGUCUCUCAGAACGGCGGGCUGGCCGGGCGCGGGGUCACCGCCUGCCACUGCUGCGUGUGCGUGCCUGUAAAGUGUCGGAGUAGCUGCGGUGGGAGGAUCAGCAUGAGGCCCGGCCUGGUUGGGAGGCGCCCCAACCCAGGAGGCUUUGGCCUGUGCUUGUGGCUGUGAGGACGUCGGCGCUUGUCGAUGCGUAUCUAACAGCAUGGAAACGUUUGAAUCCACUUCUGUGGCAGUGUGUAGGAGAGACCUGAAGAUCAUCUCACGCCUCAGCUUACCACAAACUGCAAACAGCAAAAUGACAGUCAGGUGAUUCAUGGCAGGGGACGUGGAAGGGUUUAGCUCCUCCAUCCAUGACACCAGUGUCUCUGCUGGAUUCAGAGCACUGUAUGAGGAGGGAUUGCUUCUUGAUGUCACACUUGUCAUUGAAGACCACCAAUUUCAGGCCCAUAAAGCACUGCUUGCCACCCAGAGUGAUUACUUCAGGAUUAUGUUCACAGCUGACAUGCGAGAACGAGAUCAGGACAAAAUCCAUUUGAAAGGUCUGACAGCUACAGGCUUCAGUCAUGUCCUCCAAUUCAUGUAUUAUGGAACUAUUGAACUGAGUAUGAACACUGUUCAUGAAAUCCUUCAGGCUGCCAUGUACGUCCAGCUUAUAGAGGUGGUAAAGUUUUGCUGCUCUUUUCUCUUAGCUAAAAUCUGCCUAGAAAACUGUGCGGAAAUUAUGAGACUUCUGGAUGAUUUUGGUGUAAACAUCGAAGGAGUCAGGGAAAAAUUGGACUCUUUCCUGCUAGAGAAUUUUGUGCCGCUCAUGUCCAGACCUGAUUUCCUUUCGUAUCUGAGCUUUGAAAAGCUCAUGUCUUACUUGGAUAAUGAUCAUCUGAGCAGGUUUCCAGAGAUAGAGCUGUAUGAAGCUGUUCAGGCCUGGCUGCGCCAUGAUAGAAGACGCUGGAGGCAUACGGACACCAUCAUUCAGAACAUCAGGUUUUGUUUGAUGACACCAUCCAGUGUUUUUGAGAAGGUAAAAACAUCAGAGUUUUACCGAUACUCCCGGCAGCUGCGACAUGAGGUUGACCAAGCCAUGAAUUACUUUCAUAGCGUUCACCAGCAGCCUUUGAUGGAAAUGAAAUCGAACAAAAUUCGUUCUGCCAAACCCCAGACUGCCGUGUUUAGAGGAAUGAUAGGACACAGUAUGGUAAACAGUAAAAUUCUUCUCUUGCACAAACCGAGGGUCUGGUGGGAACUAGAGGGUCCUCAAGUACCUUUACGACCAGACUGCCUUGCCAUUGUGAAUAACUUUGUGUUCCUGUUAGGUGGGGAAGAACUGGGGCCAGACGGUGAGUUUCAUGCUUCAUCCAAAGUGUUUAGAUAUGACCCAAGACAGAACACUUGGUUACGAAUGGCAGACAUGUCUGUCCCGCGUUCUGAGUUUGCUGUUGGAGUUAUUGGGAGGUACGUUUAUGCAGUGGCUGGGAGAACCAGGGAUGAAACCUUUUAUUCAACUGAACGGUAUGAUAUUACUGAAGAUAAAUGGGAAUUUGUAGAUCCCUAUCCAGUCAAUAAAUACGGACAUGAAGGAACUGUGCUGGGUAACAAGUUGUAUAUCACUGGUGGAAUUACAUCGUCUUCAACUUCUAAGCAAGUGUGCGUAUUCGAUCCCAGUAAAGAGGGGACAGUAGAGCAGCGAACAAGGAGAACUCAAGUGGCCACUAACUGUUGGGAGAACAAAUGCAAAAUGAAUUAUGCAAGAUGCUUUCACAAAAUGAUUUCUUAUAAUGGUAAGCUUUAUGUUUUUGGUGGUGUCUGUGUGAUCCUCAGGGCCUCCUUUGAAUCUCAAGGAUGUCCAUCCACAGAGGUUUAUGACCCUGAUACUGAUCAGUGGACUAUAUUGGCUUCUAUGCCAAUUGGUAGGAGUGGUCAUGGUGUAGCUGUUCUGGACAAACAGAUAAUGGUUCUUGGAGGCCUCUGUUACAAUGGUCAUUACAGUGACUCAAUUCUCACCUUUGAUCCAGAGGAAAACAAGUGGAAGGAAGAUGAAUACCCAAGGAUGCCCUGCAAGCUGGAUGGCUUACAGGUCUGCAGCUUGCACUUCCCUGAAUAUGUUUUGGAACACGUUAGACGUUGCAGCUAAAACAGAAUAAACACUCUUAGUGAAAUAUGAAAAACUGAAUCUUAUUGGUCAGAAAAAAGUAAAUCAUUCCGAAAGUAAUGCCUCCUAUGUAUUUCCAUGGAAACUACAACAUAUACAAGGAGCACAGUAACGUUACUUGAUUGAGCAAAUUCUUGGCUGCAAAACAGUAUUUUUCACCAUAGUAACCACUAUGGGCUGUUCAUUUUCAACAGUAAUGAACAAGAGCCUGCAUGCUGUGCUUGUAAAAAUCUGCUCCAGCGGAUGUGACCCACUGUUCCACAGCUGCUAUGGUGGCAUAGUUCGUAGGAAAAUGUUGUCUAUGCAGUCCGUCUUUCAUCGGCUUUGAAUACAUGGAAAUUGGAAGACCUCAAGUCCAGAUGAUAGGAUGGAUGUGGUGAAACAGCCCAGCCUAGAUUGGCAGCGUGAUCCACGGUCUUCAUACUAGUAUGGGGCAUGGAGUUACUGUGUUACAGGAGGAAGGCUGUCUUCCUUUUUGGUUUGUGUCAUGUCAGGCCUGUCAGCUAGUUGUCAUGGCAACAGCUUUGCACUGCAGGUGUUUGAGACAUACCAAGCACACCCCAAAAAGUCAUAAAGUAUUUUUUGUUGAUCUUUUACAGCCUGACUCUGGAAGUUUGAGCCUUCAGCUUAAUCAGUGUCGUGAUGGAAUGGUCAGAGUUGAUGGUUUAUUUGGGUUCCAGGAAAUCCAGAAGGAUCACUGCUUUUCUAUCCCAAAAGACUGUGCGCAUAUUUUACCUGCUGAGAGCUGCAUCCUGAACUUUUUCUUUGAGGAAUUCGUGUUCAAUGGACUGCUGUUUUGACACUGGCUCAAAAUUUUGACAGCAAAUCUCAUCACCAGUAAUGAUGGGAUCCAGAAAACCAUCACUUUCAGCCUUGCGUUGGAUUCCUGGUCAUAACUCACUGAUUCACACAGAUGUUCUGUUUGAGACACUCUUCAUUUCAUGACGUGACAGCUGUGUACAUCCAUCUGGAAUGUAGCUUGUCUUUCACAUCACCUACCACUGCUGAAAUGCACCACCCACUGCCUCACUGUACUCGCAUCCACUGUUGAUCUCCAGAAACGUUCAGCACGUGUCAGUGAAUGUCAGUGGGUGCAAUUGUUUCCUGUUUUGUUGGAGGAAUUCGAAUCACACACACUUCACACCCACUUCCUCAGACUGCCCCUCUGCUACCAUCUGUCACACGGCAACAAAAUGUAGUGGACUAUUGGAGAGAAAGCUCAACGUCUACUGCUAUACCACCACUAUCUGCCUCCGACAUUGUGGGCCAACGUAAUACAAUAGGAGGCAUUACUUUUGGAGCAGCUAACGUACAAUCUAGUUGAAUUCCUUCAGAGACAUUAGCAUGUUGUGUGUAAGGACAACUGCUAAGUGCUUAAGAGAAGCAAGAUUUACAGGGAGAAUACUUACAAGCUUAUUAAAAAAGCCAAUAGUUGGUCUGAUAUUGUAAAAGUUGUGGGUUUUUUUUUGUUUUUGUUUUAACAAAUGCAGCUGUAAACAGGGGAAAGAAUAUAUAUAUUUUUUUGGGUGUGCAUAUUCUUUUAAUAGCAUUUCAUGUCCAUAAUAGUUUGAUUUUAUGUUUUUUGUUUGUUUUCCUGUGGCCAUGGUACCAGACUUCUUCUGAAAUCAAUUGAACUUAACAAAACAUUUGCGGAAGGAAGAAGGGCCUGAUUCUCUCUUUUUUUUACUGCUCAUCAAAGUAGAACUCAUCAGCUGUAGUAGGAUGCAACUAAGUUUAAAAGAACAAAACUAAAACCAUUCUUGUGUUUUCUGUUGUGUUUGAAUGCUCUUCCCAUUAAUUGCAAAGUAUUCUCACAUCUGCAAGGUGUUUCUGUUUUCCCUUUAAUACUAUUAAGUAUAACCUCGAUCUCUUUGCAUGUGUUUUUUUUCCAAGUUUUGUAUAUUAGUACUAGUAAGUCUGCCAAAAUGUGAAUUACACGUUUUCUACUGAAUUGAAAAAAACUUUAACUUUUUAAAAAUAUUAUUAUUUAAAACACUAUUUCUGUGCUGCCUUCUGUUGUCUGCAUUAUGUUUGUUGGUAAGUAAAGUAUGUACAUACACAUGCAUACACACUGUAAAAAAAAAAAAAAAAGUCUUUUUACAUGCAGCUAUAUUUGAACCAGUGCACAAAUUCAGCCAUAUCUGUUAAAUUUAAGGUGUAGUUUUAUCCAUUAGUGAACGAAAUAAGUCAAAGUUCUUACAUAACUGGAAGCCUCGUUUGGUAUCAAAAUACCUUUAGCAUAUACUGAUUGAUUCAGUAACUUUAAAAUCCUCAUACUGAUUUUACGUAAUGAACUGUUUAUAGUUUGUUGUUUUAUAAAUUAUUUUUAAAAAGCUAAAUGCAUCUUACCUGAGUUUGUUCUAUGUGUGAAUGUGCUACCAGUCUUCUUUUUUAUGAAAAUGGAAAAUGUCAGUAAGCAAAUGCUCACCAGCACUGCUUUGGCCCACAGUUAUUUUCAGAACUGGAUGUACUGUAGUGUAUUCUCAGCAGUGGCUUUGCUUGUACUCAUAUAGAAGUGGUAAAUCUUUUGUUAAUAGUAGUUUGUUUUGAAUUAUUGGCUGCUGUGAACUACUGUGUUUUGAGUUAGGUGGUUGGAUGGUACUACCAUUUAUGUUGCUACAAAAAAAUAACCACCUUCAUAGCUGUAGCUACUGACCUUAUAGUGCCUGAAAUGAAAUGUGCUGUUCCUGAGGGCUUUUAAUAACUCCAUUGUGUUAACUUGCAGAUAUUCUUGACAGUAUAUUGGUAAGAAUGAUUUGCCAAGGUAUAAAUAACGACAGUUCAAUUCUUACUUACUUUCUUUAAUGUUGUAAAAACAAUCACUUCUAGAAUCUGAAGGAGAGAUGUGGGUAGCUCAAAGGCUUACACUUAAUUCAGGAGAGUAGGGACAAAAUGCUGAAACAUGCACUUGCAUCUUUUGUGAAGUCUUAUGCUACUUUGUUUUUCUUUAAGCAGUAGACUUAGUAUACAGCAAUGCAGACCCACUUUAUUCAGCAUCUUCCAGUUAGAAAUCACUGUAGAAAAAGAAUGUACAGUACUCAGGGAGUUCAAAAGAAUGCACUUACAGAGGGACCAAAAUCACUGAAAAAUGUCCUGUGUUAAAAGUAACACCUACUUACCUAAACUAAAUUUUAAGUCAUCAACAGAAGUUAAAACAUCACAUACGACUCCUCAUCUAUAUAACACGUAUGACUCCUCAUCUAUAUAAUUCAUGAUAUCUUUGUAGUAAUUAUAUUCUGGGUUGAGUUGUGAGAAUCUAAAUCAGAUCAGUGGAUCUUUUUUCUUAAAAAUGAUUUAUUGAGCAUUUUCUUUCUAUAAGCUUUAACAGAAAGGGAGAAUUUAUGCCAUCAUAGCUGUAUUAAUAAGUUAUCUAUGCCGGUAGUGACUGGACCAAAUAUUGAUUUGCAGCCUUGUGAUGCAGACUAAGGCUUGCUUUUAAAUUUAAGUCUUUAAUGAGUGAGAAAUAUAAUUUACUUUCUUAGUGGUUUAACUUAAAGCCAACUUCAUUUACACUAAAACCUCAGUUCCACUGUGAGACCUGUGUGUACAUUGCCCUUUGUAGGUGCAGAGAUGACCUAAUUCCAGCAGCUGCUGGCUAUGUGCAAGUAAAAAGGUUCUUCUGGACCUAUCUCAAAGAAUAUUUGGGCAGAAAACAAACAAACAAACAAAAAUACAAAAAACAAAACAACCCUUUUCUUUUUCUUCACUAUUCUUAGUCUUUUUUGUCCCAACCUCAUUUCUUAAUAUACGUAUGGGGCGGCAAAAAUCUAAUCCUGCUUGACUAAUUCUAGGGGCUUAAUAAUAUGUAGCUCACUCUGAAAGUAAUGCCUCCUAUUUAUUUUCAUGGAAACUACAACAUAUACAAACAGCACAAUAACACUUUAAUAGAGCAAGUUCUCAGCUACAAAGCACUAUUUUUCACCACAGCCGCCACCAUCAGCUAUGCAUUCUCAACAGUAAUGAACAAGAGCAUGCAUGCCACAAUUGUAAAAAUCUGUAGCGUUGGAGGUGACCCACUGUUACCCAGCUACUAUGAUGCAGCAUUGAAAAUGUUGCCUACACAGUCCAUCUUUCAUCAGCUUCAACAGAUGGAAAUCAGAAGGCCCCACAUCCAGACUACGUGGUGGGUGUGGUAGGACAGUCCAGCCAAGAUUGGCAGUGUGAUCCACGGUCUUCAAACAGGUAUAGGGCCUGGAGUUAUCAUGUAACAGGAGAAAGGUUGUCAUCUUCUCUGGCCUGACUCUGGAAGUUAGAGGCUUCAGCUUAGUCUGCAUCAUGAUGUAUGGGUCAGAGCUGAUGGUUUGUCCAGGUUCCAGGAAAUCCAGAUGGAUCACACAUUUCAUAUCCCAAAAAACAUUACUGUACCUGCUGAGAGCUGUGUCUUGACUUUUUCUUUGAUGGGGAAUUCACAUCUUGCUGCUCCAAGGACUGCAUUUUUGACUCUGUCUCUUAGUGCUGACACCACAUCUCAUCACUGGUAAUGGUGCAGUCUAGGAAACUGUCACCUUCAGGGUCAUAUUUGUUCAGUAGGUCUUGACAAACUUUCAUACCAUGUUCUUUCUGUUCCUGUGUGAGCAUCGGUGGCACCCACCUGGUGCAAACUUUGUGAUAUUUCAACGUUAUUUCCAACAUAUUGAAGCAGAUAUUUAUUCUAUACAGUUUCCUGAUUAUAAUCUGCUGAUUCACGUGGAUGAAUUUCGUAGUGUGACAUCUGUGCGUAGCCAUCUGGAAUGUGGCUUGUCUUCCGUGUCACUGUCACCACUGCUGAAACGCACCACCUACCACUUCACUGUGCUCACAUCCACUGUUGGAUCUCCAGGAACGUUCUGCAAGUGUUGUAUAUCAGUGAGUGCCAUUUUUUUUCCACAUGGAGGAAUUCAGUUCCACGCCAUUGUUUUGUCUGCACUUCCAUGUGUCACAGUGACACCAUUGUGUCACAGUGCCCCUCUGCAGCCAUCUGUUACACAGCAACAAAAUGGUGUGGAAUAUGGGUGGGAAGGUUCAACAUCUACUGUCAUACCACCAACAUCCAUCUCUGAUGUUGUAGACCAACGUAAUAAAACAGGAGGCAUUACUUUUGGAGCAGCCCUUGUAGCAUGUGGUAUUUUACUACAAGGGCUUGUCUGGGAAAUGGAUGUGGUUCUGGGAAUCUGGUCUUCCAUGAUUCAAGUGUAGUAAAUGGAUGUUACUCAAGACUUAAUUAGAAAUCAUGGUAUGGAUGGAGGUGUUUCAAGUUAUGUUUCAGGUCUGCAUUUAAGCAACUUCUGAGUUCUGUGGGCAAAGCAACUGCUAGUGAAGGCUUUGGUGUGUAUUGACACUUCAAACAUUAAGAAGCAGAUCAUUUUUACGUGCUCUGCUUUUAAGCUCCUGUUUAUCUCCAGCUGUCCAACUCUGAAAGAUAUUGUUCAGGAUUGUGAAACUCUCACUUGAACUGUUGGCUAGAGCCUCCAUGCAGUCAUGUCUUCAAGAAGCUGGCUGUAACCUUUUGAGCUUUAGAAAUGAUUGGAAUUUGCUUGGGUUUAUAACAGGGGGGUAUGUGAGAAUGUUUUGUUAAUUCGUGUUUCUACCAUGUUUUUAUUGUUUCAAAUGUGAAUUGGAGGCUUAUGUUCUCUUUUCCACUGCAGUGGAGCUCGUGAGGCAGUUAUUUUUGUUAUGUUCUGUGUCAGAGGGGUAUUUUCUGUUUUACUGAAAGUUUUGGAUUGUUUGGUUUUAGUAUUUAGCUCCAGAUUGUUAAGUGUUAAAAUAAAAGCAAAAGUAACCUGGGUAAAAAGGGGGAGGAUUUUAAAAGCAUCUUUCAUUUGUCAAGAAGAAGGUAAGUUGCGAUCUUUGACUGCUAAGUUUGAGGGGGGUUUUGUCUAUUUCCACCCCAUCCUUCAUGCAACACCUGCAAAUCUGAUCUGAUAUGUUGAACCUUAACAUAUGACCUCCUUUAAAAUCACAAGUGUUCUUGCCUUUUCUUAAGAAGGUGGACAUAGUGAGUUACAGUCUAGUUUAUUCGUGCUUAUAGCAAAAAAUUAUCGGCUUCGCUUCUUAAUUUAGCAUCUAACUUCAGGAAGGAGUUUUAUUUCCAAAUGAGCCAGAGUGGAUAAAAAGCGUAGUGCUUCUGUGAGUUGUUUGAACGCUGCCUCUUGCCAUUCAGCGCGCUGCUAUCUCUGUUAAUGGAACGGAUAAUUCUUUUCAGACUACUACGUAAGGAAAAAAUAGCUUAUAUUUUCCUCACGAGGUGUUGGCAGUGGUUUCACAGUGGGAGGUAUUGGGCUGAAAAAAACCCUUUUGAAAUUCUUUCCCCUUUGAUUCAGCUGGAGGGAGGCAGUAUGUAAUUUUUCAAAGGAUCUGCUAUUUCAGAAGGCACUACCACGGAGAGGGGCUGGUAGCUGUGUAUCACGUACCUGGCAACCUGCUUUUCUUACCUCCUCUGAAACAUACGGAUGCCCCACUUUCUGCAGCGUGGUAGCAGACCUGUUCACAUUAGAUCUAAGGGUUUGUGACUUCAGUAUUUCUCUGGUCUCUGAGGUUUGCAGCCAUUAUUUCUUACAGACCUCCUGCCUUACAAACACAAGGGCUGCCUUUUUUCCUGCCGAUAAUACAGUACAUAUUUGCGUCGGGAACAAAGCACUGAUGCUCAGGAAGUGAAGGAUAACAUUCAGCAGGUACAAAUGAAAGAAUGAAAAGAAAAACACUGCUUAGCUCAUUAUGUCUGUUCUUUUGUGAAAUGAAGGUAAGUGUUACGGGGAGAUGCAAAUGACCCUACGAAUAAAUUUCUUCCGCCUUUGUAAAGGACAAGGUCUUUUUAGAAAUAGAGAUGAUCACAUUUGUAGAGGUGUUUUGCCUUUUAAAGGUAUUUUCUCUUAGAAAAGUAGUGAAUUGGACCCCUCAUUCUUGUAACGCUUCAAAUGUGGACUUUACACGUGUGAGCAGUCCAAUAUAAAGGAUGCAUAAAGCUCUAAGUUACUUAAAAGAAAGCAUAAAGGCAUAAACAUGAUUAAACGUGUGCCUAAGUGAUUACAGGGUUUGGUAAUCAAAGAAAACAUCCGGCCUGUUCUUCAUUUAGUAACCAAUACCUGGUGAAGUUACUUCAGUCAGCGUGGUCUGACACACUGAAGGAAUAUGGGAGAGAACAGAACGGGGAGAUACGUGUAAUCCAUUUAGAAUAGAGCUUGCCAGUGUCCUGUAGCUAAUGCGUUGAGGUUUUAAUGUUUGUAAAGCAAUUUGAAGCUGCUUAAAAUAAAUAUUAAUGACUACUUUUGCAUCUGUACUCUAUUUUUGGAUGUUUGUAAACAGUUGAGAUUUUCCCUUUGCGUGGGCAAACUUUAUAAAAGCAGCCGUGUGGCAGGUGGCAGAGAAACCUACUUUGUGCAAAGCUUCACUGGAUCUCUACUAUUUUUAUUUUUCAUUUCCCAAAUUAAUGUUUAGAUAGUCUUUUAAAAUAGCUUUCCGUGGUCAAAUACCUUUGGAUUAAUAUUGAGUUGGUAGCUAGGGGAAAACCACUUCUAUUCGCAGAUGGUAGAUGGUAUUUAUGGGGCCGGUAGAAAAAGCAUUGCUGUAAGUGUAGGAGAUACAGUGUGAUGUGGGACUGUGCUGUAGCUGUGCUUAGGGGGCUUUUAUUACCUCAGUGGAACCCACCUAACUUCUACGUCAGCUAUGGGAACAGGUGAAGGGAAGAGUGAGCUAUGUUUUUUAUUUUAAAUAUUUUUUUUUCCUAUAUAUUAUUAUUUUUUUAGAUCUUUUUAAAGUAUAUUAUUAUAUGCUGGAGAACACAAUUCUGCUAUAGUAUCCCACUUGUUUCUAGUGUACAAUAUCAGAAUGUUUGUAUUGAAAGGAAUGUAUUUGAUAACAGGAAAAGUUAUUUUCGAAGUCUGCUGUGUUUGUGUCUAGCAAUUGGAAAUACUUUUCCUAUAUAAAAAUAACAUUAUAUAUAUAUAUAUAUGUGACCUCAUAUGUACAUUUGGAUUAACUGUCUAACGACUACAUCAGGGCUGCUACAUACUUCUCUGAAACAAUUUAAGACUUGCCUCUUUUGAGCUGUUUUACAAAGCCUUUUUUCUUGUCUCUUUUUGGCAGGAGGUGAUUUUCCCUAGCUGUGGGUACAGUAUGCUCAGACUUGCAUUUGUGCUCUGUUCAGUUUUUAAACUGAAAAAGAAAAAAAAAAUAUGUAUAAAAAUGUGUAUAAAGAGAAGUGUAAAUAAAAUAUUUUUAAGCUUUAAAA